AUGGAUGGCCCUGAUCAGAUCGGCCCGGAUCUCUCGCCCAAGCGGACGGUGAGCGACAAGGCCCGCCGCGCCGUCAAGUACUUCACCACGCGGGACGGCUUGAUCGGGGAUUAUGACUAUGCCCGUCUGUUCAUCCCCAAGAUGCCCUUCAAGAAGGACCAGCCUCGCAGGGCCGCGCCCUUCUUCGGACUGGAGGAUCGCGUGCCCUUUCUGCUCGUGCUCCUGCUGGGUCUCCAGCACGCGUUGGCCAUGUUGGCCGGAGUUAUUGCACCGCCCAUCAUUCUCUCCGCUGCGGCCCACUUCGGCUCAGAUCUAUCGCAAUAUCUCGUCUCCUCGUCGCUGAUCGUAUCGGGGCUGCUGUCCGCGAUCCAGAUGACGCGCUUCCACAUCUACAAAACGAAAUACUACGUGGGCACGGGUCUGCUCUCGGUGGUGGGCACAUCGUUUGCAACCAUCACCGUCGCGACCUCCACCUUUACACAGAUGUAUGACUCGGGCUAUUGUCCCACGGACGCGAACGGAGCCCAGCUCCCUUGCCCAGAGGGAUACGGGGCGCUUUUGGGAACCGCCUGCCUGUGCAGCUUGCUGGAAAUCGGACUGUCCUUCAUGAGCAAACGGGUGCUGAGGAUGCUCUUCCCGCCCUUGGUCACCGGUCCCGUGGUCUUCCUCAUCGGAGCCAGCUUGAUCAAAUCCGGCAUCCAGGAUUGGGUCGGCGGAAGCAGCUGUAUCGGUGCCAUGUGUCCCGAUGCCACCGCACCGCAUGCUCUUCCCUGGGGUAGUGCGCAGUUCGUGGGGCUCGGAUUUUUGGUCUAUGUGACCAUUAUCAUUGCUGAGCGAUUCGGACCGCCCAUUAUGCGGUCCUGCGCCGUGAUCGUAGGUCUGCUAGUCGGCUCGAUCGUCGCGGCGGGGUGCAACUAUUUCGAGUCGUCCGGUAUUGCGGAGGCCCCGGUCGCUUCUUUCCCCUGGGUUCAUACGUUCCCGUUGACCAUCUAUCCGCCGCUCAUCCUGCCGCUACUGGCUUUGUACAUCGUGGUGAUGAUGGAGUCCAUUGGCGAUAUCACCGCCACCUGCGAUGUAUCCCGGCUGGAAGUCAAUGGGCCCAUGUUCGACUCGCGCAUCCAGGGUGGCGUGUUGGGCAAUGGCGUGACCUGUCUGCUGGCGGGCCUGAUGACCAUAUCGCCCAUGAGCGUCUUCGCUCAGAAUAACGGUGUCAUCGCGCUAACCAAAUGCGCGAACCGCUCAGCGGGGUAUUCCUGCUGCAUGUUCCUGGUCAUCAUGGGCAUCUUCUCCAAAUUCGCCGCGGCGCUGGUCGCCAUCCCUAGUGCGGUACUGGGCGGCAUGACCACCUUCCUGUUUUCCUCCGUGGCCGUCUCUGGUAUCCGCGUGAUAGCCACCAUCGACUUCACACGGCGCAACCGUUUCGUGCUAACUGCGUCGUUCUCUCUUGGCAUGGCCGCCACGCUGGUCCCCAACUGGUUCAGCAACUUCUUUACCUAUUCGGGGGACAACCACGCGCUGCAGGGCUUGCUCCAAGCUGUAGAGCUCGUUAUGGAAAACGGGUUUGCCAUUACUGCGCUCCUCGGCGUGAUUCUCAAUCUGUUUCUGCCAGAUGAGCCUGACGAGGAAUCGACAGUGUGGAAUUCGAGUGGGUCGGAAGCCGAUGCCCGGCCAGAAGAUCCUGUGCUCUCCACACCUGGCUCUACGGCCAAGGUGGAAUGA